AUGUUUGCGUCAUCAAUACCUGGAGUCACAACUUAAAGAACUAUAACAUUUAUCCUAUGUUUUUUCUAAUACGUAUUUAUUCAUUGCACUCGAUCUACUUGGAGUUAUGUUGCAGGUGACAUGGUGAAAUAAGGAUAUUUUUCAUCUCAUUACCUAGGCUAUAUAAAUUUUGCUUUUUUAUUUUUUUAUGGGUUAGCCAUAUCUUGGUAUAAUAAUAGCUUAAUUUUAGUUUAGGACAAUUUGGGGACAGAAUGAACCUCAGAAUAUUUAUUCUAGCAGGAACUUUUACAACAAGUGUGAUUUUCACAAUUAUUGGUGUAAUGAUUUAGAUACAGGAUAAAAAGAAUUAUUUGUACCUAAUACUAUAAAUCAUAAAUGGUAUCUCAUAAUCAACAGCAUGGCCUGGAUUAUUAGGUAAAAUAAUUAUAAAUUUAGCUAUUCUUAACAAUUGGUUUGUAACAGAUAAAAAAAUUGUACUUUUAGGUUUCUUUGCUGCAGGUCCUAAUGUAGGAGAUAUAUUUGGAGAUAUAUAUUCAGGUUCUUUAAUUGGAAGAGAUCAUUUACCUUUGUAUGCUCCUGUAUAUUUAGCAGCUGUUUCUUUAUUUAUUAUCAGUUUUUUAAAUGCCUUCUUUUUAUAAAAUGCACCUUCUGUAGAUAUUAAAAGACUAAUGAUUGAGGAAUAUGAAAAAAAUAAGGCAAAUUAACUUAAUGUGGAUAAUUAAUAAUUAACUAUAGCAAUGAUUGAAUAAAAAUUUGAACCAAAUCUAAAUACAAAAUUAGAUGAUAACAAAAAUGAAAUUGUAGUCAUAGUUAAAAAUCUAUUAAGAAAAAGAAUAAUUAAAUUAUUUUACUGCCUGGUUUGUACCAAAUGUUGCUUUUUAUGCAUUAUCAUUUGGAUGUGUUAAAGCUGUAUAUUAUAUUCUUACAUUCUGGCUUCCUGCUUAUUUAGAUUCAAAAAAUGUUCCAGAUGUUGCUUGGAUUACUGCUUAAACUGAUGUUGGUUCUAUUCCUGGAGGAAUUCUAGUGUGGUUAGAUUUUAUAUUUAUUUAGUUUAAUUGGAUUUUAUUUUAAUAAAAGAGCUGUAAUUAUAGUUCCAUCUUUAUGGAUUGGUACAAUUAUUAUGAUAUCAAUUAAUUACAGUGGCUCAUUAAAACAUGAAAUUGCUGGAUAUAUUUCAUUAGUUUUUCUUACUGGAUUAUUUAUAGGUGGAUGUUACAAUAAUAUAUCAGCAGCAUUAACAGUAGAAUUAAGCAAUUAACCUGAACUUAAAAGUAAUAUAUAUAUUUAUAUAUAUAUAAUUUAGAAAAUAAAUAAGCUACUACUACUGUAGUGUCAGUAAUUAUGGGUUUUGGUGCCAUGUUUGCAGCUAUAAAUUAAUUAAUUGUUCCAUAUGUAGAGAGCUAUUUAUUUCUAUAUUGUGGAGGUGUUUCAAUAAUUGGAGGAAUUAUUUUAAUCCCUUUAGUAAUUAGAGAAAUUCAAAGAAUGAGAUUGAAUUCUUUGAAAAAAUCAUUCCAAUGA